AUGGGUAAGGAAAAGCUACACAUUAACGUUGUCGUGAUCGGUCACGUCGACUCUGGAAAAUCAACUACUACCGGUCACUUGAUUUACAAGUGCGGUGGUAUUGACAAGAGAACUAUUGAGAAGUUUGAGAAGGAAGCCUCCGAGAUGGGUAAAGGUUCUUUCAAAUACGCCUGGGUUUUAGAUAAGCUUAAAGCCGAGAGAGAAAGAGGUAUCACCAUUGAUAUCGCUUUAUGGAAAUUUGAGACUCCAAAAUACCACGUUACUGUUAUUGAUGCUCCAGGUCACAGAGAUUUCAUCAAGAACAUGAUCACUGGUACCUCUCAGGCUGACUGUGCUAUCUUGAUUAUUGCCGGUGGUGUUGGUGAAUUCGAGGCCGGUAUCUCCAAGGAUGGUCAGACCAGAGAACAUGCUUUGUUGGCUUACACUUUGGGUGUCAGACAAUUGAUUGUUGCCGUCAAUAAGAUGGACUCGGUCAAAUGGUCUGAAGAAAGAUUCGAGGAGAUCAAAAAGGAAGUUUCCAACUUCAUCAAGAAGGUUGGUUACAAUCCAAAGAAGGUUCCGUUCGUUCCAAUCUCGGGUUGGAACGGUGAUAAUAUGAUUGAGCCUUCCACCAACUGUCCAUGGUACAAGGGAUGGACCAAGGAGGCAAAGUCCGGUGUCGUCAAGGGUAAAACAUUGUUGGAGGCUAUUGACUCUAUCGAGCCUCCUUCUAGACCAGUCAACAAGCCAUUGAGAUUACCAUUGCAGGAUGUCUACAAGAUUGGUGGUAUUGGAACUGUGCCAGUGGGUAGAGUUGAAACCGGUACCAUCAAGGCCGGUAUGACCGUCACCUUUGCCCCAGUUGGUGUUACAUCUGAAGUCAAGUCUGUCGAAAUGCAUCACGAAACUCUCGUUAACGGUGGUACUCCAGGUGACAACGUCGGAUUCAACGUCAAGAAUGUUUCUGUCAAGGAAAUCAAAAGAGGCUAUGUUGCCGGUGACGUUAAGAACGAUCCUCCAAAGGGAUGCACUUCUUUCACUGCUCAGGUCAUUAUUUUGAACCACCCAGGUCAGAUUCAAGCUGGUUAUUCUCCAGUCUUGGACUGCCACACUGCUCAUAUUUCUUGCAGAUUUGACGAGUUACUCGAGAAGAUUGACAGAAGAACUGGUAAGAAGACCGAGGAUCACCCUAAGUCUAUCAAAAGAGGAGAUGCCGCUAUGGUCAAAAUGGUUCCAACCAAGCCAAUGUGUGUCGAGGCUUUCACCGACUACCCACCUUUGGGAAGAUUCGCUGUUAGAGACAUGAGACAGACUGUUGCUGUCGGUGUCAUCAAGUCUGUCGUGAAGACAGACAAGGUUGCCAUCAAAUAA